AUGCGGGCACCACGAGCAAGCAGGGCUCGGUGGUCGACUCAUCAGCCAAGGCUUCGACCACUUCUCCUUCGACUACAACCCCCCAGCGAUGGACUCCUUGGUGAUUUGAGCUCGGAUGUGGGCAACCUCCUCGGAGGUGAUUCCUCAUCCUCGGCUGCAACCACAUCCUUAGCUGCGGUUGUAUCUUCGACUGCGACUCCUGUCUCCGACUCAUCGGCCAAGGUAACUUCGCCUGCUUCUUCUACUCCUGCUGCAUCCUCCAGCGACGGUCUGCUUGGUGACCUGACCUCAGGAUUGGGCGGCCUUUUUGGCGAGUCAACAACAGACAGCUCCGUUUCUGCGACACCAACUGGAUCUAGCGCCAACAGGAUCAGCAGCGCAGCCUCAAGCACGACAAGCUCGGGGUCGGAUCUCUCUGACCUUUUGGGCCUGGGUGACAAGUCUUCCACUGGCAACAGUACAAGUGCUACUAUGUCCUCGGACGCUUCUAGUUCGCCUACUAUCCCAAUCAGCGUGCCUGCUUCCGCUACUAGCCCACCGUCGACCACCCUCACUGGCACUACAACUUCGGGUGAUUUCGUCGGCAGUCUCGUGUCCGGCGUGGAUUCCCUGCUUGGUCUUACCUCUACUGGCACUGGUAGCACUGCUUUGAUCCCGACUGCGUCUAUGCCAAAUGGUGGUCUUCUGCCGUCUAAGUCGACUGGUCUCAUUCCUGGCCAGGGAGGUACUAACACCGGUGCCAUCCCGACUCCGACCAAGUCCCUGCCAUCAAUUCCUGUCCCACACUCGCCCGGCUCUGAUUCUACCUCUACUUCUGGAUCCGAGACUGCCUCCGGCUCUAACACUGCCUCGGCUCCUUUGUUGGGCACUACCACUGCCUCUGUUCCCGGUAGUGGCUCUCACGAGAGCUCCAAGGUUCCCACCCCCACCUCUCACCCAGUCUCUACCCCUCUUCCCUCGUCGACUUCGACAAGUGAAGAAGUGAGCACGGCCAAGACCAGUGUGGAGCCUCAGACCCCAACCGAGACGCCCACGCCCUCCACCUCCGACGACAACGACUGGAUGCCAUCGACCAUUCUUAUCGUGCCUACCACCACUGCCACCGAGAGCUCGACCUCCGGUGAGACUGCGAAGCCCACGGCACCACCAUCGCUCCCUGGGUCUAUCACCCCAUCGAACGAGGUCACCGAGCCCCCGUCUGACUCUAUCUUGCUCCAACUUGGUUUCAAUAGCCAGCUGCCCUGGUCAUUCGUUGCAACCACUCCCUUGUCGUCGUCACAGAUCUUCAACUACACCCCUCAGGCUAUUGAGAACGCUUUGCCAACCCUCUCUGCUAAGGACGGCCCAGUUAUGUUCGCUAUUGAGCCUUACUAUAACUGGCAGUCCACGGGCUACAACGCCACCCUUGCUAUCUUUUAUUUCCCUCGUGACAAGGUCGAUGCCCUGAAAGCGCUUAAGGUUAACCCCAACUCCGCUCUCUACAACCAGGCUAGCGAAUCUAUCCAGUCAUUGAUGGCAAUGGUUGACCCUACAAUUCCCCUCGAGUUCUCCGGAAACUACCCUAGUGGUGACAGCGACUCAACUGGGGCUAACAACCCCGGCGGCAGCGAUGAUGGCCCGGACAGUGGCAACAAUGACAACACCGACGGCUCUGCCGGUAGCUCUAAGGCUAAGGCUAGCUCUGUUGGAAUUGGAGUCGGUGUUGUGGCCGGUGCUGCCGCUUACGGUGCGGGUAUGUUCUGGGUUGCCCGCCGCUACCGCAAGAGAAAGCAGUUGCACCAGCGCUCUAGCUCGACCGUUGAGCAGAUGAGCCAGGGAGGUUCCGCUGCCGGUUCGAUGUUUGCUGCCGGUGGUCGUGCCCCCAGCCAUGGUAGCCGUGGAACUGCUCGUUCACAGAUGAUCAGCGCUCCCGUUAUGGCAGAAAACUCUUUGGGAUGGAACUAG